GAUACGUUUGAGGCGUGCUACGUUUUUCAAUGCCGGCGAGUGUUUCGCGGUAAAAAAGGAAGAAAACGCAGAAAGGGGGAGCCGGCGGAGGGAUAUGUGAUGCGGUGGUUUUUAUUGUCGAGGCGGAGCGCUCAGCUGUGAUUCUCACGCUGCCGAUGACAGACUACACGUCGUCCUCACCGGGUCGCUGCUGCAGCCUCUCCACUCUGCAUGCAUGCUCCACGCAGGUUGACUGAGCUGCAAACGCCUCCGUGGAAGGAUUUAAUGUUACUUUCGCACUGGAAUAACUUUCCUGCUCCCUUUUUCGGCUUCCAUUUUCCGGCUCCGUUUCUCCUCGGCUGCACUUUGGCAUCUGAAAAAAGCUCCACCGACAAGGAGACACCAUGCCGCUGAAUUCAAGUUUGGCGAGUAAGAACUAUGACUACGACUACGACUCCAUGCAGCCGUAUUUCUACUACGACAACGAGGAGGAGGAUUUCUACCCUCAGCAGCUUCAGCCUCCGGCACCGAGCGAAGACAUCUGGAAGAAAUUUGAACUGCUGCCGACCCCUCCCCUCUCCCCGAGCCGCCGGCCGUCCCUGUCCAGCCUCUUCCCCUCCACGGCGGAUCAGCUGGAGAUGGUGACCGAGUUCCUGGGCGACGACGUGGUCAACCAGAGCAUCAUCUGCGACGCCGACUACUCGCAGACCUUCCUCAAGUCCAUCAUCAUCCAGGACUGCAUGUGGAGCGGCUUCUCGGCCGCGGCCAAGCUGAAGAAGGUGGUGUCCGAGCGGCUCGCCUCCCUGCACGCCGCGAGGAAGGAGUCGGCGUCUGCGGCCGGCGGGGAAUGCGCGGAAGCCGCGGGGGCCGCGGCGUGGAGGCUGAACAGCAGCUACCUGCAGGACCUCAACACGUCCGCGUCGGAUUGCAUUGACCCGUCAGUGGUUUUCCCGUACCCGAUAGCGGAGACCCCGAAGCACAGCGCGGGGACGCCGCCUUGCAAGGAUUUGGGACUGGACACUCCACCCAACAGCAGCAGCAGCAGUUGUAGUGACUCAGAUGAGGAUGGAGAAGACGACGAGGAGGACCAAGAAGAAGAAGGGGAGGAGGAGGAGGAGGAGGAAGAAGAGGAGGAGGAGGAGGAGGAGGAGGAUGAAGAGGAGAUCGACGUGGUCACAGUGGAGAAGAGGCACGCUGUGAAGCGGUGCGACCCCAGCCCGCCGGAGAACAGGCAUCCCAGCCCACUCGUGCUGAAGAGGUGCCACGUCUCCACCCACCAGCAUAAUUACGCCGCCCAUCCAUCCAUGAGGCACGAGCAGCCGGCUGUCAAGAGGCUGAAGCUGGAGACCAGUGGCGGCAGCGGAGGAGGCGGAGGCGGAGGAGGAGGCGGUGGCAGCAGCCACAGCAGGGUCCUCAAACAGAUCAGCAGCAACCGCAAGUGUUCCAGCCCCCGGACGUCCGACACAGAGGACUAUGACAAGAGAAGGACUCAUAACGUACUGGAGCGCCAGAGGAGGAACGAGCUCAAGAUGAGCUUCUUCGCCCUGCGGGACGAGAUCCCCGAGGUGGCCAACAAUGAGAAAGCGGCCAAGGUGGUGAUCCUGAAGAAGGCUACAGAGUGCAUUUACAGCAUGCAGUCAGACGAACAGAGACUCCUCUCGCUCAAAGAGCAGCUGAGGAGGAAAAGUGAACUUUUAAAGCAGAGACUCUCACAGCUGCAGGGCUCUCGUGCUUAAAGUUUGGAUCAUUGACUUUUUAGACACUUUUUUUUAUGCAAGUUCAAGAGUUAGGGUGUACAGAUGUUGCAUGCAAAUGCAAAACAGAUUAAGUUUGGAAUCUUGUUUGAUUUCAAUGUUAAAACUGCCUCAGCUGAAGUUAUGGGUGGAUUUAAAUAUUUAAAAGUUUAUUUUUAUUAAUGAAAUGUUAAAAAUGGGUCUGUCCUGUUGAGGGGCCCAAACUAAAAUAUAAAUUUUUAUGUUUUGUAUAUAAUUAAUAUUUCCUAAGAAAAUGUAUUUUUGGAUCUCAAUUGUCUGGAUGUUCAGACCCAGUGUUUGGUUUUUUCCAUUAUGUUCCUACAUUCUUUUUGAAAUAUAUAUAUAAAAAAAGUUUCUUCUUGA